AUGGCAGACGUUGUAGAUUCAGCGGAGACAAUUAUAUCGACAAUAACACUUUUGAUUUACGCUGACACAGCAUUACCAGCGGACGACGAUUUUGAUUUGUUCAAUAAACGUGGAUUGCCAGGAACAAAAGAUUACGUGGGUAUGAAUGAACACCAAGUAGAAACACAAUACGGUCAUGAGCAACUGCCGAAAACACAGAUGUCAACUACAGCUGACUCGAAGCACAACAAGAAUAAAAAGAAUUUGCUCGUUGGCUUCACACCAUUAGCACGUUUCUUCGGUAAAAUUCUACCCUAUACCGAUGAAAAAAGAAAUCUCUAUUGGACAAAACAGCGUGCGCUUGAGAAGGAUUGUAGAUCACUAAUCGAUGAAACAAAUAUUAUUCGGGGACUAUUAACAAAUAAGGAACAACAGAGGCAACAAAAAUUUUUAUGGUGCUUUCGACCUAUAAAUUUGCCAUUGCCAUUAAGCAGUAAUAAGCACAACCGAUGGAUAGCUUUUGAGAGAAAAAAUCAGAUCUUAUUGACACAGCAGCUUGAAAAGCUGCAUAAUGGAGUAGUCAAUGAUUGUUGCGAGAUAGAAGAUAGAAAUAUAUUCGGUAGGAACCUUAUCGCUACGGUCUUGCUGAAAGAGGGAAUAGCCUUCGUACUCAAUCCAGAUUGGUCUGAGCCCCUUACCUUUGAGGUGGCAUUGUUACCCAAAUUGACCUGGUGUCAACGCCUUCGCUCAUCAAAGAACUCUACAGUGUGGUUAGAAAAUCAACGCUAA